GAUCUCAUACUAAAUGGAAGUAGACGGUGCUUCUGACGACGAACAAGAGCAAAUUAUUCGAAAACUUGUCAAAAAACCGGAAUUUCUAUCAGAUGAAGAGGAUGAUUCAGUUGAAGAUCAAGUCGUUUGGGAAUGCGACGUAGUUGUGUGCAAUUCCACACCAAAUACUGAAAUGUUCUCUGUUUCGUAUCCUUCGAGCAAACGAGACGCCUGGGAUGCAAAGCGAUUUCCAAUUGCCAGAUAUAAGAAGAAUGUUCGAUUGCUAGAAAUGCGCUUCAUGACAGACACCCAACUCGGAUCAUAUGACAAAAAGAAGGCAGAACUUAUGUAUAUGGAUGGAGAUGUCCCGAAAAAAGGACAUGGAAUUGAUGCUCUCCGAGCCAACGAUGAGAUCUACGAAGGCCGUGCAUUCAUCCACGAUCACCCAAUAGUCAAUGCAAUUGGAUUUUUUAAAAACGGCGAAUUCUUCAUUCAUCCGCUGACUGGAGCAUUCGAAAUGCAUCGAUCAAUUCAAGGGUUGAAUAAAAAGAAGAAAUCCGACGGAAAAUCUGGAAAAUCCGAUGAAGAUUCGUCUGGAGAAGAAGAAGACGUUAAGCCAUCCUCCGCCGCAGUUAGAGUCAAAUUUUCUCGGCCUGAAACUGAACGACAAAAAAAACGACGAGAAGCAUCGGCGUUACAUCGAGAGAAAAAGAUUGCAAGUGAUAUGUGGAUUCCGAUGAAAGUUCAUUUGAAAGAUGGUGACCCUGUCGCUGAAAAAAUUGAUGGAAUUAGUCAGAAUGGACUCCUUUUGGACGAUCCUGAAGCUUCACGAAUGAGCAUUAGAGCUCUUGUUAAUAGAGCUAUUAUUUGUGGUGUUAAGGAGGAAUUAGUAAUCGAAUCAGGAAAAGAACAUAUGCUUUCCAAACAACGAAUCGAUGAUCUUCCGGAUCCAAACCUUCAAUUAAAGGCGCAUAUGGUGAAAUCUCACGUGAUGAAGACUUCUGAAAUGCGUCGUUUAAUCGAUCCAUCCGCAAUGAGCACUGAUAAAAUGAUUGCGAAGCUCAAGGAAUGCGCGAGUUUAGUUCAAGGCGUCUGGGUGUUGGAUUCGAAUUUAAUGUUCAAAAAUUUGGCGCCGGCGCACUCGAAUACGGCGGGAAAGACGGAUUUGUAUCGGGCAGAGCUUUGGAGAAACGCGCGAGAUUUGGCACUUUGCCUGAUUGAUGGUGGUCAUAGAGUCACUCGGCUUACUCUUAUGACAUGCUUUAAGCUCAGCGAACGGGAUUCCGAUGAAAUUUUGUCGACUUUUGGUGUCAAAUGUGAAGCUACCAGAUCAUGGAGACUUCGCGUCGAACGGGAUGCUCAGUUUUUGGAGGAUCCGGCUAUGAAGAAGCAUGUGGUUGAGCAGAAGGCAAAAUGGGUUCAGAAAUUUAAUGAAUUGGAGAAGUCGCUGCAGGAAUCGCCUGCCAAGUCCCCGAAGAAAAAAUGAUUUAUUUCUUUUUUUUUAGCCUUUUUAGCCUGGAAUUUACAGAAAAUUUGAAUUUUCUUUUGGAAAAAAAAUCACUGAAACUAGUCAAUUUUCCAUUGAAAUUUUGAAAUUUAGAAAAAAUGACAAAAAAUAUUUUUUCCAAUUUUUAACGAAAAUUUCAAAAAAAAAAUUUCUGAAAUUCAAAAAAAAUCCUUUAAAAAACCGAUUUUUUAAUUAUUGCCUUCUGAAAAACCUCCCGUCAAUAUUGAGAAUAUCUAAUAGAAUAUUGAUUUUUACAAAUUGGAAUUUUUGUCAAUUUUUUGGAACAAAAAUCAAUUCAAAAUUUUCAAUUUGUAAAAAAUUCAAUUUUUCACAAAAAAACUCACAAAAAUUGUUUUUCUGGAAAUUCAAAAUUUCUGUAAAUUUCGGUCAUUUUUCCAAAAACUCAAUUUUCCUCUCCCACGUCAUUCUAUUGUUUCCAUCAUCACCACCAAAUUCUCCACCGAUUUUUGUUGAUCUUUUGUUGUUGUUUUUCAUUUUUCUGUUAUUUUGAAUAAUUUUUAUUUCACUACUCCGAGAAUUUUAAUCCGAUUUUCCCCUAAAAUAGCCGAAUUCCCGAACGGUAUCCGAAUGAUCAAUUUCAAAUCUUUUUACAAACAUUAUAUUACACUUUUUGCUAUUUGCCAACACGUGUUGAUUUUUCAGAUUAUUGCUGUACUUUAGGGGCGGGGCGGGAGAGAUCAAAACCCUUUUCUUUCAAAUUUAGAUCAAGUUUCGGGUUUUAUUUCUUGAUUUUGAUUUUGCUUUCACGAAAAAGAAAUCUAAAAAUUGCCAA